AUGGCCGCGAACAGCGCCCCCGGCGGCUUCUUCCUGCCAGACUCGAUCGCGACACCGCCCGCUUCCUCCACCGCCUCGUCCAGCGCGACGGGCAGCUCGCGCCUGCCGCGCCCGCGCUCGAAACCGCUCAAGACGGGCGGCCCCAAGGAAUCGGCCUUCAUCCGGUACGCGGACGAGCGCGUGCGGCAGAUACAGCGGCGAUAUGCGAAGCGCGGUUCCUCCUCCGCCGAUGCUACUGGCACCAGCGCGAACAAUGAUGGCAGUGGCAGCGCGCGGAGCGGCGGCGGCGGCGGCGGCGGUGAUGUGAAGGGAUACGCAAGCCUGAAGGAGGCGUGUCGGGAUAUAGACCAGUUGAUUGACGUGGUGUGGGUCUCUGGGACGCCGAGCUUGCAGAUGGCAUACCUCCUCACGCUGGCGGACCUCGUAAACGAGUACAUGAAGGGCUUCCCGGUCUCUCCUGCACCGCUGUUCAGAUCUCUGGAUAAGCUGGAUCAUGCGUUUGCAUCAUUACUGCAGGGAAGGGAUGUGGAGACCGGCGAUGAGCUACCGGGAUUUGAUGGCGGGAGGAAGGUCAAUGCGACGGAGAAGGUGCGGAUCAAUAGCAUGGUAAACUAUGCGCGGUCGGCAGUGAUGGAAGUCAUGCUGAAGUACGAUCCCGACAUGGACGAUGCUGAGGAAGAGGAGGAAACGGCGCAGGAGUCUGGCGCUGACAUGGAGGCGGAUGAUGCAGGCGACUAUGGGGUCGAUGAUGUGGAGGGGACUUGGGAUAUGAAGACGGCGAAGGUUUACGACCGAACUCUGGUUGAGUUAGGGGAUGACUUAACCAAUGCUCCACCUAUUGGCUUGAGGGUAGAGAAGCCGGAGGAUGCUUGUCGGCCAAAGGAGACGGAUCUUGAAGAUUCAGACCGAGUCAUGGAAUUGGAUGACUGA